AGAGGCCGACCUUUUGGAGCUGAACUGGACCUGUUGGUGCUGAACUGGACCUGUUGGUGCUGAACUGGACCUGUUGGUGCUGAACUGGACCUGUUGACUGAACUGGACCUGUUGCUGCUGAACUGGACCAGCAGCAUCUGCAAAAAUGGUUGAUGCUUUCUGCGCGACGUGGAAACUGGUGGACAGCCAGAACUUUGAUGAAUACAUGAAGGCACUUGGUGUUGGUUUUGCCACACGACAGGUGGGCAACGUCACCAAACCAACAGUAGUGAUCAGCCAGGAUGGGGACAAAGUGGUGGUGAAAACCCUGAGCACCUUCAAGAACACUGAGAUCUCCUCCAAGCUUGGAGAGGAGUUUGAUGAGACCACAGCUGAUGACCGACAUGUCAAAUCUAUCUUCACCAUGGAAGGAGACACACUUGUGCAAGUGCAGAAGUGGGAUGGCAAGGAGACCAAAUUUGUCAGAGAAAUGAAGGAUGGGAAGCUUGUGGCGACUUUGAGUUUUGAGGGAGUCCAGGCGGUCCGCACAUAUGAGAAAGCCUAACUUUGCAAUCCACUUCAAUGAGCAAAUCAUCCAUACACUGCAAACGAUCAACAAGGUGUUGCCCUUUUUUGUUUUUACAGUAUGCAGUGAUUUGCACUUGAUUUGCCAUUUUAACACAAGAUAAAUAUUUUGUGAAAGCUUUUUGUAAGAUCUUUUGUAAGAAAUUAGGACUGUGAAGGGCCUAAAAGUGUUUUGUUCAGUGUUUGUUAAAAAUUGAAAAAUAAACUGCUCAUCUAAACCUU